GCAAAACAUAACAAUCGAAGGCGGCGCGUUUGAGCACCAUCUUGCCUAGUGACAACUGAUAAAGGAAAUCAGUGGAGCACUAACACCAGCUAGAACUGGUACAGCAAUGACCGAACCCGGUGGAGGAAGGGGUAAUAACAGACGAAGAAGGGGAUUUAGUAAAGCCCGAAUGAAUGGCAGGAAGAACAAAAUCCGAAACACGCCAUUUCCAAUCCGGGGUUAUCAUAAUCAUUACUCGAUUCAGGGCGCAGCCAGGGACAAUACAGCUAUGACUGCUAGCCCGUGCUCCGUAGACAACGAGCCCGUUAGGGCAGCGCAAUACAGGCAAUUUCGGAGGGAGACAAAAAAAAAGGUGGGAAAAUGCGAAAAAAGGAUUAGAUCUGAAAAAAGCAGCAUUCCUCACACCUCUACUGCUCAUCGCUCUGAACAACUAAGCCUUCCAAAACAAAAAAGUAAAGGUAAUACGCAGCAUGCAAAGACUAACUCUCCAAAAAAAAUUGAAAGGCUUCAAGCAGAAUCAAAUCUGGUCAGCAAUGGUGUUCGAAGACCAGAUAAGAAGCCUCUGACCAGUUCUGAAAACUACGGAAAUCUAAAACAAGAAAACUCUACAAAAGAUGUAAAAGAAAAGAAAAUUAAUUACGCAGGAGCAAGAUUUAGUGAUCCUCCUUCGCCCAGUGUCCUCCCAAAGCCACCCAGUCAUUGGUUUGGAAAUAAAGGUCAGCAUUUUGAUCAGUGUAAAGAACAAAUGGCGUUUCAGUUAAAAACACUCUUGAAAGUUCACUUGUAAUCAUCAUAUCUUGUGCCCUUUGUCUUGUCUUUUUAUGUACUAUUUGUUAACAAACAUAUCACUGAACCCCGCCAUCUUGUAAGAAGACCUGAACUCUUCUCUUGCAAGAAGAUUGGACUUGCAUUUUACAUGUUGUGUACAAAGAUCUAGUAUUCUAUUUUCUAUGGUCUUGUAAAUAAUGUAUACAGUGUAAUUUGUGUAUAUCCUUGUUUUUACUAUCCAAGUAAAUUUUUAGUUUUGUUAUAAAGGUAUGUAUUUUGAUCCAAGCAAAAAAAGUAGAUGUUUUUAUAUGCAUAGUAAUUAAGAUUUUGUAAAGUCAAAAGAAAUGAAAGCUUUUCUUUUGCACAUUCUUUACCUUUCAGUAACAUAUAAUAUUAUUGUGCAUGCAGUUCAGUUCUUUGAAACAUCUCAGGAACAGAGACAACAAGAAAGCUUUUUUUUUUUUUUUUUCAGUUUCAUUUUAACAAAAUGAUUAACUCUUCAAACAACUUUGUAUGCAUUCAUCAGGUUUAUUGGCAAUGAUGCAAGACAAAUUUUAGCUUUGUACUUCAAAGUAAUUUGAAUAUAUAGAAUUUUGCAAAAAGUUUAUAUUAUCCCUGAAAUAUAAAGCACUGGAACAGUUGAGUGUGUAAAAAAUCCUCACUGAAAUCAAAUGUCCCAUUCUACGAAUUGAUUAAUUCUAAAAUAAAAAUAAUAAUUUGGCCACCCCCA